AUGAAUACAACUUGGGAAGAUUUUUAUGCCAAACAUCCACCACCUCAAGAUUUUAAUCAGAACGAAAUAUUACUGAAGACAUUUGUAGAACGACAAUUAAAAAAAGACAAAAAAGUUGUAUUAGUAACAAGUGGCGGUACAACUAUACCUUUAGAACACAAUACAGUAAGAUUUGUUGACAAUUUUAGUGCAGGAACAAGAGGAUCUGUAUCUACAGAAUACUUUUUAGAAAACGGAUAUGCUGUAAUUUUUAUGUAUAGUUUUACCACAAUAUAAAGAAAAAUUGACGAAAAUAUUAUACAAGUACAAAGAAACUUUGAACCAAGAUAAACUAUUGCAAGUUACUUUUACUACACUUUCUGAGUAUCUUUGGCUUCUUAGAGCUGCCUGUCAAGCAUUAGCUUGUCUUAAAAAUAAAGCAAUAUUGUAUCUUGCGGCUGCAGUUUCAGAUUUUUAUAUUCCAUCCAAUGAAUUGUCGAUUCACAAAAUUUCUUCUAGUGGACCACCAACAAUAUCCUUACAGUUAGUACCAAAAAUAUUAGCUCCUCUUGUAAGUUUGUGGGUCCCACAGGCUUUUGUAGUAUCGUUUAAACUAGAAACUGAUGAAAAUCUUUUAAUAUCAAAAGCAAGAAAUGCACUAAAUAAGUACAAACACAACUUAGUUAUAGCUAAUAUGUUGCAAACUCGGAAACAGCAAGUAACAAUUGUCAGUCAAGAAGACAAUUAUGUUAUUUCUCUUACCAACGAUCAAUUAAAUAAAGGUGAAGAAAUCGAACAAUCGAUAGUCAGUGUUCUCAUUAACAAACAUCAAACUUUUAUACAGUCUACUGAAAAA